GUCAAAUGAGCAAUUGAACGUCAAAAAUGUUUACUAUCAUGUUUCUUUAAAAGUGUGAUAAUAUUUUUUUUUUUUUAUCAUUUAAUAAUGACAAUUUACAAUCUAAAAAGGGGUGUUAAAUAAUUAAUUUAUUACAAAAAAGGCACGGGGAAAAAAAUAAAGAAGAAGAAUUUUUAUAAACAAGUUCAAUAAUGUGGAUGAUGGAAAACCACGUUUAUCUUAAUGAACCAUCAAUAAAAAAUCGAUCGAAAGUUUUCAUUUUCCAAGCAUCAACUUUGGAAGGUAACAAUAAAUUAGCUUGGUUAUUGAAAGCAAUAACUUUCAUUGAUUUAACAACAUUGGGAGGUGACGAUACGGCUUCAAAUGUUAAAGCUCUUUGCUCUAAGGCAGUGAAUCCUGUUUCUCUUUCAUUUGAAUUUAUACCAAUUCAAACAGCAGCCGUUUGUGUUUAUCCAUCGAGAAUUGAAGAUGCAAUUUUUGCUUUAAAUCAAUUGAAUGGACAAAAUAUUGCUGUUGCUAGUGUCGCUGCAGGAUUUCCAUCGGGACAAUAUCCAUUGGAAUCGCGUCUUCGUGAAAUUGAACUCGCAGUGAAAUUAGGAGCAAAUGAAAUUGAUAUUGUAAUAAAUAGAUCAUUGGUAUUGGCGCACAGAUGGAAUGAAUUAUUUAAAGAAUUAAAAGCAAUGAAAGAGAUUUGCGGCACAGCGCAUAUGAAAACAAUUCUUGCCGUUGGUGAAUUGCCAACAUUUAAUGAUGUUUAUAAAGCAUCAAUGGUGGCAAUGCAAGCGGGAACUGAUUUUAUUAAAACAUCAACGGGAAAGGAAACAAUUAAUGCCACAUUGCCAAUUGGAAUUGUUAUGUGUCGAGCAAUUCGCGAUUAUCACAGGGAAACUGGACGCAAGGUGGGCUUUAAACCUGCCGGUGGAAUAAAAACCGCAUCUGAAGCACUUGAAUGGAUGAUUUUAAUAAAACAAGAAUUGGGAAAUGAAUGGUUGGACAAAUCAUUAUUUAGAAUUGGCGCUUCAAGUUUAUUGGACGAUAUUGUUAAAAAUAUUGAUAAAUUAAUAAAAUCAAAUGUUUAAAUGGACAAAUUAAUAUUUUUUUUUUUUCUUUUUUUUGAAACGAAAUUGUUAAUUAAAAACACUAUUUUUUUAUUUUUAACUGUUUCUUAAAUAUAUUAAACAAAAAAAUUUUAAAA